AUGACAUACAAAUGCCAGUUAACCGACGAGAAGUGCGCUGCGCAGGUCUCAGCAUAUUCCCCAUUGCUGCCAGUGGUUGAAUAUGAGGAUGUCCGAUUUCAAGGUAGCUUCCGUGAUAAGAAUCAAUACAAAGGACAGCCCAGUCCACAACUGGAUGCUGCCUGGGACCGAAUCACCUAUGGUAUAAGCCGUCGACUUCAUUCAUAA